UCAAGCAGGCAGACAGGCCUUUCAAUGUGACCACUGCUGCUAUGAUUUAUUAUUUUUAUAAAACCACCAGUGGUAGUUAAUACCCUUACUCCAGUUAUUCAAACAAUCAUACUACUACUCUUCAACCACCAUGUUAACCUCCAGUUUACCCUUCUUUUCUCUACUUCUCUUGUUCUCCACCACCACUGCACAACCAUACAACGCCACCGAUCGCUUCUUCCUCGCCUGCGGUACACCCACCACCACCACUACGGACCGCAGAUGGGACGGUGAUCAGAAUUCCAAAUUCGUCCCUCCCAACACCACCACCACCUCCUUUUCAGCCACCCCUUUACAUCUGGAUCCUUCAGUACCCUCAACCCCUUAUUCUCAUGCUAGAAUUUUCAACACUUCUUCAUUCACUUACACGUUUCCGGUCUCCGAAGGCCCCAAAUUCCUCCGCCUAUAUUUCUAUCCUGCCACUUACACCAACCUCAAACCAGAACAAUCUUUCUUCUCAGUCUCAUCCAAUGGAUUCUCUUUGUUAACCAACUUCAGUGCUUUCCUAACCGCCUCCUAUCUGGAAACGACCAGCUUUAUCAAAGAAUUCAUGAUCUAUGUAACAGAUACACAAAGCCUAAGCGUUACCUUUACACCCUCACUCAACUCAUAUGCCUUCAUCAAUGGUAUUGAAAUCGUUUCAACGCCAGAAACUCUGUACUUUAGCGUUGGUGGCUUGAAAUACGUCGGUCAAACUACAGGACCUGUAACUGACAGCAACAUGGCGCUUGAGAAUAUUUACAGGUUAAACAUGGGUGGAGGACAUAUAUCGGGUACUGAUGAUACCGGUAUGUACCGGCCAUGGGAACAAGAUAAUAGCUACAUAUACGGAGCAGCAAGUGGGUUGACACCUGUUUAUGAUCCGAAGGAGCAGAUUAUGUAUACCAACGAGACACCGAGUUAUACUGCACCUGAGCUAGUUUAUCGAACCCAAAGGAGUAUGGGCAAACAGUCUGACAGGUACAAUCUGACUUGGUUACUCUCCGUUGAUUCUGGGUUUUAUUACAAGCUCAGGCUCCAUUUUUGCAACAUUAUACCACAGUACACAAAAACAGGUCAGGUGGUUUUCAAGAUCUUUAUUAAUAAUCAAACUGCUGACGAGGAAAUUGAUCUAUUCCAGUUAACACAAGGUAGCGGUUAUCCUGUAAUCAAAGAUUACAUUGUGUUUGUCAAUGACCCGGAUCGCAACAGAGGCAAGCAAGAUUUGUGGGUCGCGAUGCAUCCUAAUCCCAAUUCUGAACUAUAUCUUGAUGCUUAUUUGAACGGGUUGGAAGUCUUCAAGCUAAGCAUGGAUAGAAGUCUCGCUAGCCCAAACCCGGAACUUAUCUCUACAACCCCACCAACCGAGCCAACAACUAGUGUAAAUAGGAACAAGAAGAAACCUCCAUAUGCUGCGAUUAUUGGAGGUAUUGUCGGAGCGUUAGUCUUGUUGUCGAUCUUAAUUAUCAUAGUUUUCCUGAAACGAAGACGAGUCAAAGAUUAUAGUGCCGCUGAAGACAGGUCAUCAUACGGGCCGGCAUAUAGUGAAUCGAAGUCUUCACAUUCAACACUGCCAUCAGAUCGUUGCCGCCGUUUUUCACUUACAGAAGUGAGAUCCGCUACGGGUGAAUUUAACGAUGAUUUCGUCAUAGGCAACGGAGGGUUUGGUAAGGUGUACAAAGGUUACAUUGAUAACGCGUCAACUGUCGUUGCAAUCAAACGGCUCAACGAAUCAUCCAAUCAAGGUUUUCAAGAAUUCCAUACGGAAAUAGGGAUGUUGUCUAAACUACGCCAUGUCCAGUUAGUGUCCCUGAUUGGAUACUGUGAAGAUGCGGGAGAGAUGAUACUUGUCUAUGAUUACAUGGCGCACGGGACUCUACGUGAACACUUGUACAAGACAAACAAGCCUCCUUUGCCAUGGAAAAGACGUCUUCAGAUCUGCAUUGGUGCAGCCAAAGGGUUGCAUUAUCUCCACACGGGUGCAAAACGUUCAAUAAUUCAUAGGGACGUCAAGUCCACAAAUAUCUUACUGGAUGAAAAUUGGGUUGCUAAGGUAUCUGAUUUCGGUUUGUCAAAGCUAGGCCCUAGAGAUCAAGCACAAAACCAUGUUAGCACCUUAGUGAAGGGUAGUGUCGGGUAUGUGGAUCCCGAAUACUACAAAAGCCAACAACUUACGGACAAAUCUGACGUGUACUCAUUUGGAGUUGUGCUGCUUGAAGUGUUGUGUGCAAGACCGGUUAUGAUUAUCGGGCUGCCGAAAGAACAAGUGAGUUUGGCAGAGUGGGGGAAACUUUGUUACAGGAAGGGGACACUGGAGAAGAUAAUUGAUCCAAAAGUAAGGAGUGUGAUUGCACCCGAGUGUUUACGGCAGUUUGGUGAUGUGGCAAUUAGAUGCUUGAAAGAGCAAAGAAGUGAAAGGCCAGCAAUGGAUGAAGUAGUUUGGGGACUAGAGUUUGCAUUGGAGCUACAAGAAGCUGCUGAUAAAACAGUCGGUGAACGCGUGUCUGAAAAUCAAGAAUUUCCCUUUCUUAUGCAAGGAGAGACGACAACAGACGAUGAUGUGUUCACAGGAUCAAGCGCGACAAGAAAUGGCACAUCGUCGAUUAGUAGCAGUGAUGAAGGGUUUAAGUCGGAAACAGUUUUCUCUGAGAUUCUGAAGCCAGCUGGUAGAUGAUAUUAGAGUUGAGAUUUCCUUUAAGAUAUUAUCAUUUUAAAUUUUGACUUUGAUUUGCAUUAGUAGUAAAAAAGUUAUAUGUAAAUUGCAUCAUUUCUUUCCUUUACAUAUUGAUGUAUCAUAUAAAAUAAACUUCAGACGAUUGUAAUACCGAUCAUUCUACGUCCCUAAACUUUAAACACUAAAAUUGUAUUA